ACGAUCUGACUGUCAGUAUGAUGGGACAGGAAAUGUAUUCUAUGAAUUCACUUCUGUUUCUAGUUGACUAUACAUGGUAAUUUAGUUGUAGUUUAGAUAUUUUUUGUUAUUGAGAGAAUUAUCUGCAUUUGAUAACUGUCCCUGCUUGGCAAAAUUUUGUUAAUGAGUAAAAAUUGGGGGGAAAGUAUGUAUAGCCUACUGAAAAUAUGAAAUAUAAUAGGGUUUCCAAAUCUGACAAGGCACAAUUAGAGGUUUCCACAAUCUGUUACCUGUUAUUUCAAACAUAACGGCUUUGAUGUAAUGUUGUAUGCAAAUUUGCUCUGGUGAUGUUUAAAUGAUCUAUUUUUGCACACAGCAGGGCCACCAAAUCCAACAAUUUAGCAUUAGAUAGAUUUGGUGACCCUAUGUAUACUGAAAUGCAACUAUUCACAUCAGAGCAAAGCCUAUUUGAAUGUAUGUUUAUAGAUGGGAAUAGAUUUCAGUAACCUCUAAUGCCUGGUUGGUGACCCUGGCCUGCAUAUCUAUGUCUGUUCACAUAAGAGAUGCUUUUUAGGAUCAGAAAUUAUUGCUUAAUGCUAAAUGCUAACCUCUAAUGCUACCUUGUCAGUUUUGAUAACCGCAGCAGUUCACAUCCAUCCAACCAAAAUGUUUUUGGUGUAUGAAACGAGAGAUUCGACCUCACCAGAGUGAAUAUGGGUAACAUUAAAGAGAUAGUAUGUGAAAUAAAAGAGGUUACAGAUUUCGGUACCCUUUAAUGCUACCUGGACAUCAACAGAGUGAAUUUCGAUAACAACAACUUAAUUGUGUUAAGUGACUCUUUAUCUGAUGUGGAUAGUUUGAGUGGUACAUGGCUCAGAUUCUUGCUCUCUCACGUUCUCUUCACCUGCAGCACCCACUGCGGGUGGGCUUAGCAUCAUUGUACUCUCGCAGUAUGUCGUCAUUAGACACGCGAGCCCGGGCUGUUUUUUCUGCUGCGGUUGAAGCUGUGCAGCCAGACAUAGUGGUUCGCAGGGGUCUGGAGCGACAUGGAGACAAACUACUUGUGGGUGGACAGAGUUUCACGCUUACCAAUAACCUUUAUUUGGUGGGGUUUGGUAAGGCGGUGCUGGGCAUGGCCGCAGAAGCAGAGAGGAUUGUAGGGGACCAUCUAGUUAAAGGAGUGGUCAGUGUGCCUCACGGUAUCCAGAAUACACUGCGAAAUCAUGGAAAAGCGAAUAUGCUGCUUGAAAGUCACAGCAGAAUUACAGUGAUGGAAGGAGCAAAGCACAAUUUACCAGAUAGAGAUGCCCUGAAGUCAGCAGAGUGUAUACGAGAACUGGCCAGCGGUCUGACUGAGAAAGAUGUGCUGCUUGUGCUCAUCUCUGGUGGUGGUUCUGCUCUUUUACCUGCUCCAGCCCCACCCAUGUCCUUGCAGGAGAAACAGGAUGUGACACGAAAACUUGCAGCAGCAGGUGCAACAAUUCAGGAGUUAAAUACAGUGAGACGAGCCCUGUCAUUGUUAAAGGGUGGAGGUCUUGCCCAAUGUGCCAACCCAGCCAAGGUGGUGGCACUGAUUCUGUCAGAUGUUAUUGGAGAUCCUCUGGAUUUGAUAGCCAGCGGUCCAACAGUCAGGAGUGACUCCCGGCCUGAGGAGGUCUGGGCUAUCUUGGAUCGUUAUAAGCUCUCCGACUCUAUUCCUUCCUCUGUAAAAGAGGUGCUUAGCAAAGCUAGGCCUUGUGAAUUGCAGGGGCAAGAACAGCCACAUGAAGUCAAAGACCAUGUUUCAAACGUUGUAAUUGGCUCAAACACCAUUGCUCUUGAAUGUGCAAGCCGCAAGGCCAUUGAAUUUGGACUUCGACCUGUCAUUCUAGCUCCAGGAGUAUGUGGUGACGUUCGUUCCGUUGCACGACUAUACGGGCUGCUCUCAAGUUUUGCAUCCUCCCCAGGAAAGGAACCUCCUCCAGAGCUUGCCGCAGAGAUCCUUCAGCUAGGGCCAGAUGUUGGGAUAGAAAGCUGGGAUUUGUGUCGCACCAUGAACGUGCUUGUAGAGGAGAGGAAAGAAGGCUGGGGUGCGACCUGUCUGCUAGCUGGAGGAGAACCCACUGUGCAACUGACAGGAAAGGGCAGGGGAGGGAGGAACCAGGAGUUGGCUCUGCGGGUGGGCCUUGAGCUCAGUGGUGGUGAAGUGAAGAGUGGUGCAGUGUUUCUCAGCGGAGGAACCGAUGGACAGGACGGCCCGACUGAGGCAGCUGGUGCCGUCACAGAUGGGGAACUGAUGGAAGAGGCCAUGUCUCAAGGUCUGGACGUUGAUGGCUUCCUCACCAAUAAUGAUUCGUUCACAUUUUUCUCACAGCUCUCUGAAGGACGACGGUUACUCAUGCCUGGACUGACUGGAACCAAUGUGAUGGAUGUGCAUGUUAUGUUGCUGCCACAAUCACCCCAGAGACUUCCAAUAAUUUGACUUUAGGUUGAUUUGUGUUUGGAAGCAACAAAAUUAAGGUAAAAAAAAUCCCUUCAAGGUAGUCUACCAGAAGUGAUAUCGCUUAUUUUUUACGAUAUCGCUUAUUUUAACCACUUUUAAUGUCUUAUUUUUUUCCCCAUUAAUGAGUCCUGAAACAAAGUAAGGUGCUUUUUAAUGUGUACUGCAAUACAUUGAAAUAUAAUUUUCUCAUGAAAUAAAUAACAACAAAAAAAACAAUACACAAAAUUAGGUACAAAUUGUAUUUAUUAUUUUCACUGCAAAAAGACAGCUGUAACCUUUCGGACACAGAGGUACUAAAUGUCUUAUUUAUGUACAAUCAAGUCCAUUUUUUAUGUAAUCGAAAUCAGUUUGAUUUCUACAAACAGACCAAAUAACUGUGCACAUCUGGGACCUGCAUUUUGACUAAUAUUCCUGUCAGUAUUCAGUCCAAUGAUAUGGUGUGAGAGUUAAGUCUUGCUAUCUACUAGCUUCAAGAAUUCAAUCCAAACAAACCUCCUAAAAGAGACAGAGCUGCUAUAUAUCACAGUAUCCUCCUUUUUCAGUGCACAGCACCAUUCAGUUAUGUAUUUUCGAGCACAUAUUCAUCCAUCACAGACAUCUUCACAAGUUAAAAUGAUUUAAUAGCACAAAUUCUGAUGUAGUUAAUGUUCUUGAAGGAAUGCAAUUGCUUUUCUCCAUCGUGUGUGUGUGUGUGUGCGCUCUUAGUCCAGUUGCAGGUACAUCACUCACGGUGGGUCUUCUUAGCAUCACCAGCUGGACUUUCCCUAGGAAUAAAUGGAAAACAUUGGAUUUAACAGGUGUUUUCAUAAAAGGGCCAUGCACAAAUUAGCCUACAUACUAAAACACAAUACUGAUGUUUGUAAUAUCAAGCUACUUUUAAUGAGACUCUUCAGUGAAUUAAGCUCUUAGAACGUUUCGAUUUGUUUUGUCAGUGAAUUGUUCAGUCCAUUUGAGUUAAAAUGUUAUAUUUUUCAAUAUUUUAAAAUUUCAACAUUCUAAUUUUCCACACACAACAUUGUUGAUCAAAUUCCAAAUUAGAAUUAGGAAAUCAUCAUCAUAAUGCAGCCAAAGAUCAAUUAAAUCCUUUAACUUAAGGUCAACAAAUCUUUCAUGAAGAGAACAACAGAAAGGGGGGUCAACUACCAUCCGCUCAGGUGAGGCGCUGUGUCAGGGGUCCCACCAUUCUGUCCUCCAGUCCCUGAGAAAUUAUCACAUACAUAUUUAGUCCGAGUAACGUAGAAAAAGUACUACUUUUUUAAAAUGCACAAUAUACACUGAAAGGCCCCCAAAAAUCUGAUUUAAAUAGGCAAAUGCUUAAGAGUCUAUGAUUGGAUCAUUAUUGCAUUGAUAUGUAUCUAGCAUGUUAUAUGUCUGGCAACAGUUCUUCUAGUUCUAACCCUACCUGAUGGAGUGUGUAGCUUUUCAUUUCUAAACCAUGUAGGAAGACACAUCAUGGCCAUAUUCCAGGAUGAUAAUGUCAAGAUUCAAGAACAAGUGAUGAACCUUGAUGGAAAUAUGUUGUGAAGUUAUUUCCAUCAAGUGAUGCAUCAGUUUAUGGUUGGUUGUUCAGACAAAUGAAAAGCUACAUACUCGAUCAAUUAGUGUUAGAAGAACUGUUUCCAAAUACAUAAUGAUAACAUGCUAGAAACUAGGAUAUACAUUAGGACUUAUAAUUAUGGAUUACGCGGAACACCUCAGAAAAUACUCACCCUGUCGGUAGUACAUAUCGUUGACGGUGUUCCCGUACACUUUCCAUGCAAAGUGGAUAGAAACGAGACUGAUGACAAGCCAGCUGAACAGGAUUUUAAACACGGUAACUCUCAUGUCGUUGGCCAGCCAAUCGUCCACAAAUUCGGACAGAAAGGAAACCAGACUAUCAACCAUACGGGA